GAAUUAACUUUAUUAAAUAAAUCUUCUCCCUCUUGAAGCAUGUUACAAAAUGACAGUGGACUGGUUUUUGAAUGAAACGCCCCCGGGACUGCCAGAGCUAAGGGAUCCCGUGCCAUCUUCUGAAAUGGAACUUUACUUAACCAACAACUACACCAACACCUACUCAUCCGUCCCGGAGCCCAUGUUCCCUGGACAGCAGGAUGCAGGACAGAACAACUUCCUGCAAUACCUGAUGAGUGGAGGAAGUGGGGACAACUCCAACAACACGACCCCCAGUGACAUAGUGGCCCUGAACUCGCCCAACAACGUCCCCUCGCCUAGCACUGCCACUAACAGCCCCCGAAAUACUCCGGUUCCACAGCCGCCACAGAACGUAGCUCCACAGCAGAGAAAGUCACCGGAUGAAGUGAACGAGUGUCGGUGGAUUGACCAAGUGACCCGACAGCCAUGCGGGUUGAAGUUCAGCGAGGUAUCGUCCCUCGGGCAGCACAUCACCUCUCACCACGUGAAGGAUACGCCGUUCCUGUGUUGGUGGGAGAACUGCAAAAACGUCAACCACCCCUUUUCAAGGAAGUACAAGCUCAUCUAUCACAUCAGGACUCAUACCAAGGAAAAACCUCACAAAUGUACAGAAUGUUCGAAGCAGUUCACCCGGUUAGAAUCGUACAACUCACAUCGCAAGACGCACAUGAAACAGAACAGCAGUAACCCUUCUUCUCCUGCCAACGGGAUACAGCCUGGAGGUAUGACGUCUUCAGUCCUACACUCACUACACCAGCAACCGCCAAUGAACGUCAUCAUGAGCAGCUCUGUUGUCCCAGGAGGACAGAUGCUGCAGAACGGGCAGCUGAUGGGACCCAUCACCAUCAUGACCCAGCCUAACAACUUCGCCGCCAGCAAGUCGCCUCCCACCACCCAGCCUAACAGCGCACCCAUCUCCAGUUCUAGUCCCAUGCCUCCCAAUCUUCCUAACAGCGGGCCUAGUCUUGGUGAUCCCUCUGCUACUAUAAAAACAGAGGUAUCAAGUCAAGAAGAGGCAGGAGGAAUGCUGAACAACAUGUCACCAUCUACCGUAUUCUCGCAGUCUCAGUACCAGUACCCGCCUCCCUCUGUCACCCCCAUCACCCGGCCCCCUUCUGUCACUCCCUGUGAGACCCAGACAACUACGCUGGGCCACAGUCCGGCUCAAACCCCCAACAUGACGGUAUCGCCCCACAUGGGGCCCAUGCCUCAUACUAUGCUGCAUCACUCUCAUCCUGGCGCUCAAGGAAACCCCCGGUUCGGACACCAGAUGUUGAGACAGAAGAUGCUAGCGAACCAGCAGCAGCAAAUGCAAGCAGGCUACAACAUGAUGCACCCUAACAUGCACCUGGUAAUGCAGCCUAACAUGGGCCAACCUAUCAAACCUUACCCUGGUCCUGUCCAACAGCAACAAGUUAAAGCUAAAUCCUCGCCUCAGAUGAGAAAUGGACAGUCCCACUCCCAACCCAACUCUCCUGCAAAUAACUCCAUGUCUCCGCACAUCAAAACCUCGCCAAGCAUCAAGACCAGCGCCUCUCCUUCCAACCUUAUGGGGUCUCCAAAGAUGAGCUCCACCGCCCCUAACUCUCAGAAACUCCAGCAACAGACUGAUAUAAACAAUAGCACUCCUGCCACCUCAUCAUCUCAAGUUCCCCACCCAACUAACCAAAUGUCACACCCCACCAACCACGCCCCUCCCGGGCCACCUAACACAAUCUCACAUCCUAGCGGCCAAAUGCAUCUACCUACCGAGCAGUUGUCACACCCAACUAACCAAAUGUCACACCCAAGUCCUCAGAUGUCGCACCCUUCAAACCAAAUGUCACAUCCAAGCAACCAAAUAUCGCACCCGUCCAUUCAAAUGUCGCAUCCAAGCGCUCAAAUGUCGCAUCCCACUUCGCAAAUGUCGCAUCCCAGCCCCCAAAUGUCGCACCCAAGCACGCAAAUGUCUCACCCUAGCGCUCAAAUGUCGCACCCUAGCAAUCACCUACAACACGCUCAGAUGCCUGGAUCAGAUUCUCGUAUGAUGGGAAUGAGAGGACCCCCUCACAUGGCUCAUCCGGGGGUUCCACCCCCUGGACACAUGAUGCCGGGGAUGAUGGGGCAGGCGCCCCCAAUGUACAUGAACAUGAUGUCCGCACGUCCCCCCACCCCCGCCUCCUCUAACCGGAGUACAACUCAGCAGAAGGGAAAGAACAACGUCUCCGUUAUCUGUCCUAUCUGCAAUAAGAUCUACGCCAACAGGAAAGCGCUUAGAAAGCACAUAAAGGGUACAACUUGCGGGAAAUCAGUGACCGACAUAGACAAAGCCAUGGACGAGGCUCUGGAGGGACCUAGUGAGCCGGGGCCCGACCCCAGAAUGAGUGGCCAGAGUUUAGCAUCAUACCCUGCUCAAUACGGGGUGAUGCCAGGCUACAACGACCAGUUCAAGAGGAUGAGAUACGACCCUGCCUACCAGGAUCAGCUGGCUCGACAACAGUACUAUUUGGUACCUAUGCAGCAGCAACAACAGCAGGCGCAGCAGCAACAAGCGCAGCAGGCGCAGGCGCAGCAACAACAGGCGCAGCAGCAGCGACCUCCUCUAUACCCCUCUCCACAACCCAACCUGAUGAUGCCUCACAUGGGGCCCGGCCCAGCCCCCCACUUGGGACCAGGUCAUGGUAUGGGAGCCGCGCCUACUCACAUGUCCCACACGCCACCCCCCUCUCAGCACGUCAUGAUGGGAUCACAGAGCAACAUGUAUCCUAGCAACCACGAGAGUGAUGUCCUGGGUAAGAGCAACUCUCCCGUCCUCAGAUCCCCGGGAAUGUUAGGUCCUACUGAUUCCAGCCCUCUUUCACCUAUAAAACGGACCUCUGAACCGAACUUCACGGCCUUGUUAACGGACCCCUCCAUGGACUUGUUCGACUGGUCGUGGGACCCUAACAACAUUUCCAAAACAUAGUCAAGUGACGGUGUGAGAAGCAACAUUAUUCCUCCUUGUCAUAGUUACACAACUUCACGGCGACACACGCACGUGCAAUCACGCCGAACCGUGCGCGCCGGCACGCUGUUGUCAUGGAGAUAUGCGCGUUAAAUAAUAUGCCGGCGUGCCGUAUUGUCAUAGAAACACAAAGAAGAUGACAAACGAAGUGUUGGAAGAAAGAAUACUGACAUACGUUAUGGUGUAGUUGUUUUGGGAUUGUGAUAUUUUAUAUUUAUCAUCCUUCACUCUGUUUUUAUUGUCCUAUACCACCUCUUAUACCUACUGAAUUAUACAUAGUUACAUCUCACACAUAAUAUAUAACAUGUUAACAUGAUAGGAGCUCAAAAUUUAAUUUUAUACUACACACGAUGAUGAUGAUGAUUAUUAUUACGUUAAACUCACACCCUCGGUUUGUUGAAUUAUACAUGGUAAACGAAUGUGCCCCCUUGAGAGAGAAGAACUUAACACAAUCAUUAGCAAACAUACAACGAAAACAUUGCUUGGUUUAAUAUUUGGUUUUUACCUAUUUUUGUAUUGUGUAAUGUGCAUUGCUUUAUAUGUACCGACCAAUUAUUUUCUGAGCUUCGUAGCCGCACGCAAAUGGAAUUUUGUAUCAAUAAAAUAACUGAAACAUUAUAUCUUGUAGCCUUGUCUGGGAACAGUCACACAAAGUAUUUGAUAGCCCCUUGCUAUAAACUUUUUAUAUAGGAAUUUUUUCAUUUUUGAACAGCUAUAAGUUUUAAAUUCUGUCCAUACAAAUGCCACAUUUAUCGUUUUAAAGCGGAAUUGUUAUUCGCCGUUUAUGUUUCUGAUAACCACAUUAGUUCUCGAUUGAGAGUGCAUUAAAUCGAGACUACCUGAUGAACGAGCUUAAAGUAAAAUGUUUUGUUACAUAAUAAUUCUCGCUGCAGUAUUAUUUAUUGAGGCUCGAUUUUUGGUAUGAUAUUCUGUGUGUUGCUGCCACGCUUCACUCACUUGCUGGUCAACUACUAUUUAUAAUUGAAUAACUUAAAGGCUAUAUAUAUAACGUUGAUUUAUAUAUAAUAGAUAUCAUUGAUUGAUGAUAAUACAAAUGCCCCGUAAGAGAUCAACAAAUUAAAGCCUCCUUUUUGAUCGAACGUUUCUUCAAAACUGGGAAAACUUGAAUGUGAUCUCUUACCUGGCAAUUAAAUUAUUGUUACUGCAAUUAACUUUGUUUCAAUGUAAUAAUAUUCGAUGAUUUGAAAUAUUGAGAGAGAAAGGUAAUAUUAUAGGAAGAUGAAGAUGAUGAUGAUUAAAUGGACGAAUGUUCUUUAAGCGUUGGAGAAGUGUAUGAAAAUUUAUAAUGUAGUUGUGGUAAUAUGUCGCACCGUUUCACUCUGUAAAUUUUGUGCUAUUUUUAGAUGAUAUUAUUAAUAGUGGGUGAAUAAUAGUAUGUGAUAUAACUUUUGUUGAGGAAAAACGAUGACAAGUUUUUUCGUUACAUAGUUAAUAGAAUUUAUUCUUUGACCCUUUAAAUUUGUAUAUCCUACCCGGUGUUAUAAUAGUAGGGGGAUGUUUGGUUCAUUUAACAUAAUAUUUAGGUACCCUAAUAAAAAGCUGAAUCCACAAUCUGAUGGACCUCCUAGACAGCUUUCUGGUUAGUCAGUUCCCUGCGUUAGCACACUAGGCUACACCCUGCUUUUACAAACAUAUUUUAAUGGUUUAGUGACCACUUUUCAGCUCUUAUCGGUUAGAUAUGAGCUCGAUAUGUCACGUGGUUCACUCGACCAUACUUAGGUUUAACAGUCGGUUAAUAAACUCCUUCAAACAACUAUUUGGUGGGAAAUAGGUUGACACUUUAAUUUGGUCCUUAUAUUAAUGAACAUAAAUUCUCAUGAAGUUUAAUUGCUCUGGAAUGGUUUUGGUUUGAAACUCCUGGAGUUAGGGAAGUAGGAUUUGAUAGCUAAUAUUUUAUACAUACAGCUAAGA